CCAGGUUGUGUCGCCAGUGUGCAGCGGCGGCUUGUCAGGACGAGAACCUGGUCGUGGUUUUGCCGGUGGUCUCUGCAUUACUGGAUUGAGUCAGUACCAUACUGCAUUGAAUAGUGGAGAGAUGUCUCCCAACUACUUAACUGGAUGUGAAGAGGAAGCUGCAGGAACAAACACUGAUGGAAGGUCAAUCACUUGUGAUGAAAUAGCUGUAGAUGUUGUGACAGAAGAAGAAGUUGAACCAGGAGAGAUUGUGAGCUUUGAUACUCCACCUUCAGAUGGUCAAUGUUAUCAUCAGUUAUACGGUAUCAGAUCAUCAGAUGGUUCUGGACAUGGACAGCAAACAAGAAGAGAGAAUGGCAGUAUUGAUAGAAGUGGUGUAAUACAUCAUAAAUGUGUCAUUCAUGAUAAAGAUAAAUUGAGACCUUUAUUACUGAAGGAGCAAAGCCAGUCUAGAUGCACAGACAUAGUAAAGAGGACUGCAUGUGUACCUAAGUGUUCUCUAAUUUGUAAAUCUUCUUUACAAAUCCAUAAUAAUCCUCAAAGACAAACAAAUAUAAUUGCAAGAUUAGAAGGGAGCCCAUGUAUUCAGAAGUUUCCUGCUGCCUGUGACUGUAAUGGCAUAGCAUUGGGAAGACACCAAAGGCAUGGACAGUAUUCUGUUCGUAAAUUGUCAUUAGACCGAAUUGGUGAGGUCAGAAAAUAUGGAAAACGUCAUUCCCAUCAACAUCAUACCUCUACUGGGAGUAAGAAGCAAGGUGGCUUAGGAGGAAAUGAACUGCCAUUGCAACAUAUUUUAAAAUCUCAGAAAUAUUUACCUCCAGACAAGUCUCUCCUUGCACUUCCAUUACUUAGGCUUCCUCAGCAUGUCAAGCAGCCAAAAUAUUAUCAGUGCCAAAAUUUUAGCUAUAAGCUGUAUCCAAAAUAUAGUCACUACAUGCCAAAGAAAUGUGAAUUUGUAGCUGAUAAAAAGACUGUUGGUAAGAUAAGUGAAAAUAAGUUGAGCAUUGGAUCUCCCUUAAACAAACAGAAACUAAAUGUAGGACAGUUUCUGGUAAGAGGGAAGGAGCAAAACACUGUAGAAUCUGAUAAAACCAAUGUCACCCUAACAACUCUUAAUGCAAAUCUGAGAGAAAAAGAAGUGAUAAAGAUGGAUGGCAUAGAGGUACUUCGUGAGAUUGGUCGCGGGACCUAUGGGACCGUCUGGUUAGUGAGGAAGCGAAGUGACCAGAAGUACUUGGUUCUGAAAUCUGUAGACUUGUCCCAUUCCAACCAGCAAGAGGCAGAAGCAGCACGGCAAGAGGUCCGUCUCCUUGCAAGCUUAAAACAUCCGAACAUUGUGUCAUAUAAGGGUUCAUUUGAGCUCAGUUACCAAUUGCAUCUAUUGAUGGGAUACUGUGAAGGAGGAGAUCUUUUCACUUGCAUAAAACAGCAACAUGGCAAGUUAUUUUCUGAGCAACGCGUUAUCCGUUGGUUCAUUCAGAUAACAAUGGCACUGCAGUACCUCCAUGGUCAUAACAUUUUACACAGGGAUCUGAAGACUCAAAACAUUUUCCUUACACGUUCAGGUCUUAUAAAACUUGGUGAUUUUGGUAUUGCUCGAAUCUUGGGGUCUUCCAUUGAUAUGGCAACUACUAUGAUUGGCACUCCAUAUUACAUGAGUCCUGAACUGUUUGCUGGUCUUCCAUACAACUAUAAAUCAGACAUAUGGGCUUUAGGGUGUUGUCUGUAUGAACUUGUGACAUUAAAACAUGCAUUCCAUGCAAGAGACAUGUCGGGUCUUAUCUACAAAAUAUCACAUGGCAAGAUUGGAGGCAUAUCCAAAGUAUAUAGUGAAGAUCUGCAGUGCCUGAUUUCUGACAUGCUUAAUCGCACAUCAGACGUAAGACCUAGCACAUCACAAAUCCUUCACAGACCAUUUGUGAAGGGCCAUAUUUCAGCCUUUCUUAAGGACACUAAGCAGCCUGUACAAUCUGAUGAGGUUCGAAAGGUGGCAGAGGAGGAUUGUAAUAUGCAGAUAAAUCCCAGGAAAGAGAAUACAUCUUUAAAUGAGACAGGAAGGAUUGUUGGUUGUAUGUACUUGGCAGGAAAAUUAAAUGAAGAGAAAAUGAAGGAAGAAGUGAUUAGACCCAACCUUGGUGCCAGAAGAUGUUGUGAAAUAUUUCCUGAAUUUGAGUCUCUGCAGAUCUCUGGUGAUAAGAUGAAGUUGGAAAGCAGAUCAAAAGUUGAAUCCAAGCCAAGUGGAGUCAAGGAGUGCCAGUGCAAAAGACAAGGGAAUAAGGAAAUGCCAUCUGCAGGCCAGGGUUCAAAAUCACGCAGACGUCGCCAUCACAAUAAGAACUCAGUUAUUCCAGAUUCAAGUACAAAUCAAGAAACAUUGGAUGUUGCUGGAGAUUCUUUUCUACCUGAUAUAUCUUCUGCUGUCACAGCUGAAUGCAGUCCAUCAGCUUCCUCUGCCUUCUCUGCCAGGGAGAGGAGAAGGCAAAGAAGACUUCAGGAAAAAGACUUAGAUAUUGCAUGUGAAGAAAUGAAGAUGAACAGUAGUAGAAGCACAGAGAAUAUCUUUGAUUGUGAAUAUGUAACAGAAAAAGAAGUAAAAGCAAAAGCUAGUAUUGAUGCUUGUAUAACGGGUGAUACAGUUUCUGAAGCAGGUUUAGAUAACCCAUUAAUUCAGGGUGUACCAGUGUCCUUAAAGUUCCAGGAAGUUACUGACUUUGUAAACAUCCUGGACACAACACUAAGUGAUGAUGGUGUAGAAAACUUCAGUGAAAACUGUGUACAAGAUCCACAGAUUACAAUGCCAAAGGAUGGAUUGGAAUCAAGAAUUGGUAUUUUGGAAGAUGCACUUAAAAAUAAAGUGGGGAAGGGCCAAGCAGCAGAAGUGAUAAGUUUGGUCAAGACAAACUCUUGGGAGGGCUGGGAAGACCAGAGAGCAUUGGCAGAGAAGAUACUAGGAGAUCCCCUGUUUUCUUCAGUUGCAACUAUAGUUUGGCACCUAAAAUUGUGUUACUGUUUUCAUAAUGAUGAACUUGAUCAUCCUGUAUGAAAUAUAGACAUUUACAUGAUGAUAGUGAAAUCUUAUAGAUUUUUCAAAUAUAUAUUACUCUUAGAGCUAUACU